GCACAUUCAGACUCAUCUCUUCUCAUAGCACGUUCACCAUGAGGGCAUUCAUAGUUUUAUUGUUGUUUGUCUCCGCCAUCGCCGGUGAAGCGACGGAGAAGAAACAUGAUAAACGUGCCUUUCUGCACGGAGGACCAGCGAUUUAUGGACAUGGCGGCGCUGCGCUGAAUGGACACGGAUAUGGAAAUGGAUACGGGCAUGGAUAUGGGCACGGACAUGGAUAUGGGCACGGACAUGGAUAUGGGCACGGAUAUGGAUAUGGGCCUGGAUAUGGGCACGGAUAUGGGCAUGGAAAUGGAUUUGGAUAUGGACCCGGAGCGAUUAUUGACGGAGGGCACGGAGUCGAAUUCAUAGGGGGAAUAUCGCACGGUCACGGAAUAUACGCACCAAGUUUCGGUGUGGCACACGGACCCGUACACCACGUGCACAAAACCAUCGUGAAUCGCGUGGUUCCAGUUCCGGUGCCCGUACCUCAACCAAUUCCCGUUACUCGCAAAGUUCCCGUACCGGUGCCGCAUCCCGUACCCGUCGAAGUGAAGCGUCCCGUCCCCGUCCCGGUACCCCAACCGGUUCCAGUCUUCGUCACCAGACACUACCCCGUUAGCGUACCCCGCCCGGUUCCAGUGCCGGUACCUCAUGCCGUGCACGUACCGCACCCUGUACCGCAUCCGAUCCCAGUUCCACAUCCGGUUCCGGUACCAGUUCACACUCCCGCCCCAAUUCCAUUUCCGCAACCCAUACAUGAUCCAUAUCCCAUUCCCGCUCAACCGAUCGCUCCCAUCUAUCCAACCGGACCUCACGCCAUACAAUCAAUCGGUCCCAUUGGAAUUGAAGCGAUCGAGACGGGAACCGGCGCAAUAUUGGAAGGUGGACACAGUUCUGGAAUUGCCGUUUCCGGUGGCAUCGUGCACGGUGAGGAGUUCGGCGCCAUCUCGGGUGCCAUAAGCUCGGGGCUUCACUUGAGCGCUUCACUGGAGUCCGCUGAAGACGGAUACUCUUAUCCGAUACCGGCGAAAAAAUUAAUCUUUUAAGUGAUGCAUUCGAAAGAAGAAUCCGUUGCGGGCGACAUCUCCAAUUUGCACGCCGAUACGAUACAUCUGCCGUUUCUCGAGACUUCGGAUAUACGGCACGCGGCUGGCCCGAGUCACGCCACACCCAUUUAUCCCGCAUUUCACUUGAUAUUUAUGGAUUCGCACACUACGGAAGGUCCGCGCGAGGUCGUGCCCUCGAUUAAAAUUCCGCCUAAAACCGCAAAACGAAGGAGAUCGAGGUACAUAAAUAUAUUGGCAUUUACUUUCGUGUUGUCGACAGUGUGACAAGGGAAAGAGAGAGUGUUGCAUUUUGAGAACGUGAAAGUAACACGAUGCGAAAUAUCCAAGGAGAUGAAUAAUCAUUGCGAACGCGCGAUGGAAAUAAGAAAUACGACGAUCUACAUUCACCGCUUCGAUAUUUCCUGUUAUGGUAAUCUCACGUAUACGCGGGAGAAAAUUGCUAAUAAUUCUUUCAAGAUGUAUCGCUCGCACGUUUACAGGUUGGAUCGUAUUCUAAGCACGAUACAAUCAAUCAUGUGUAACUAUGUAUUCCUCUCUUUUAUAUCUGUGAGAAUAUACAUAAAGUAUAUCGUAUAUAUACAUAGACUACACUUUGGACAAUUAUAAUUAAAUUCGAAUAAUUAUAAGUACAACUGCAAACUGUUUCAUAUGAUUGUAAGAGAGAGAAGAAUAUAUCUUAAUUAUUCGACUUUGUUAA